AUGCCGAAAGCUAGGAAGACAAACGGUGCGGCCGCCGCCUUGAGCUCAGAGCUGGGCACUGGAGACUUCGCCAUCGACUACACCUCCAAAGGCCGGGCCAUUCGAAAAUGCCGCACCCAGCACCGCGACUCGCCCUUUGAGGAUUCCGCCAUUGCCAUCAGCGACGAUGACGAUCUGUUCGAGGAGGAAAUGGAAGUUGACGAGAUCAUCCCAGUAGCGCGUAACAAGAAGAGAAAGCGCUCGCCAUCGCCUGAAGCACCGUUACCAUCCGACCCAUUCGAUGCUCUUUCAGAUUCCGACUCAGACGCCUCGCAAGCAGAUCUACCAGAAUCGCCGGCUGCCAAAUCUGUGCCCGGCCACACGACUGUCCACCUCACCGUCAACAUUCCAGUCGGACAUCAAGGUCCAAUCACCCUCCAUCUCGACCCCAAGAACAUCACCCAGGCAGCUCCCCAACCUAGAGCGGAUCGGCUCACGCAAAGCACGUUGGCACGCCUGAAUGCUCGAUCCAAAUCGAAGAGCAAGAAGCAUGCUGGCUUUCUUGAUUUGCCAGCAGAGCUUCGCAAUGCGAUAUAUCAAUUAGUUUUCACUACUCAAGGCGAUGUCAACUUUUCGCGACCUGACAAUUUCUCGAGAAGCGCUGCUUUACUUAGAACGUGCCACCAAGUUCAUGAAGAGGGUCGCAGCAUCCUCUACUCGGAGAACAAGUUCAACAUCGAACGCCGCACCCAACGCUACGGCUCCUUCUGGGAAAACGAAUGGCGCGAACUCGGCUUCCUAAACGUCCGCAAGUUCAUGAAGUCCAUCGGCCCCAACAACAUCGCCCUCAUCCGCAACAUCACCUUCAUGCUGGAAGACGCCGUCCCAUGUCUCAACCCCGGCAUGCGCACCAAUGAAGAACGCCGCUUCGUCCACGACGACGACCUCAUGUCCGUCCUUCGCCACUUGGGCACCUCCGGCCAGCUGCAGAAUCUAGAAUUGCAUUUCCACGGCCGGCGAAGAGUCGACCGCACCGAUGAUCGAUUCCUGGACUACAUGAAGCGCAUCCGGGCGGAUACGACGCGCUUCGUGGAGUGGCCGCCGGGUAGCAAGUGGCCGCGGCAGAGCAAGCAGGAAGAUGCGGUGAAGAACGCGCUGCUGCAGGCUUGUACGAGGAAGAGGAAGAAGUUCGAUCAGUAG